UUCACCAGCAAUUUCCGAGAACGCGGCUGCACAAGCAUUCCAAUCUCAGUUCAAUCGAUUGCGAGCUAACAGUUCUAGAUGUUGCCAGCUAUAUAUACACAGGCAGCAGCACUGAAGCACCAAAAAAACAAGCAUUAAAGAUAGAGUACGUACUACGGUGGAGUUUUAAGUCUGCCAUCAUAUCCUCCGGGAAGCUUGAGAUGGAUGCCCUGAAGAACCGCGCCAGAGCUUUCGCAGAGGGCAUCUUGAUCAUGGUGUGCCCGGUUCUGCUCGCCAUAGCAUUCGGCCAGGUUAACCUGAAGACCGAGGGAAACAGAUUUGUUCGGGGCAGCAUUUCCCCACUCGCAGCGGUCACACUGGAGGCCGGUAUUUUCCCGUUCCUCUGUCUCUGUGGAUCAAAGAACUUGGUCGACUUGUACCCAAAACUUUCAAGGUGCUUAUUUGGUGCCUCGAAGCUUCUCAUCCACCUCUGCGCUCUGCUCCAAAUGGCGCUUGCCUGCGGCAUUCUACUUCUCAUCAGCAUGAAGAAUCUUCUGUACCUCUUAUUCCUGAUCCCCUUCGUGGCUCUCACCUUGUGGCGCUGCUACUGGUCGGUGAAAAACGGCCCGAUGAUCGAUGAGACCAGGUACCAAGGCUGCGAGGAUGCACUCGAAAGAUCUUUGGACUUCUCGGCUGCGGUCACUGCUAUCCUGUUCCUGGGUUUGGAAGGCCUGGCUGUUAGACUGUAUUUACAUGUGUAUAUUGUAACAUUGUAUAUCACCUCAUUAUAUAUAUAUGUGAUAGGCCACCCCUAGAGGGUUGUGCCGG